AUGGAGGUUCAAAAAAUCAGCAUAAGACCAUGGAACAAGCAAAACAUUCUUUCACCAAUUUCAUCAUUAACUACACAAUUACAACAAUACAUGACUUCAGAAAUGGCUAGAAAACAAAAAGAUGUGGUUGCACAAAUGACUGCGCAAAGAAGACAACAGCAAACAUUUUUUCCAUCAAUAUCUAAUAUUAUUACGCCUAGCACAUCAAAUCAACAACCUCAAAACAUUUUUCUGCAAGUUCGUCCGCAGCAUGUUUGGAUUGACCAAUCUUCACGAAUGCCUUAUUUCAUGCCACCUCAACAAGCCCAUCAACAAAAACAGGCUCAAGCCAAUCAGCAAUCUCAUCAACAAAUGAAUCAACUAACACAUCACACUUUGCUGCAACCUCUUCAACAACAACAUGAAACACCAUCACCAACACUUCCUCAACCGACAUCAA